UUAUCCAGAGUUUUCAAGAAGACCAGCGGCAAUGGACAUAUUGCCUUGUACUUGGGCAAAAGAGACUUUGUGGACAACGUGGAUUCAGUGGAAGUGGUUGAUGGAGUUGUUAAAGUGGACCCUUCCGGACUCGAUGGCAGAAAAGUCUUCGUAUACCUGGCGUGUGCCUUUCGCUACGGAAGUGAAGAUUUGGACGUGAUCGGACUGUCCUGCAGGAAAGAUAUCUGGAUAAAUCGCGUUCAGGUGUACCCGCCCACUGACGGAAAUGCGACCAAAUCGCCGAUGCAGGAAUCCCUCCUGAAGAAAGUCGGAGAGCAAGGGUGUCCCUUUUCCUUUCAGAUGCCACCAAAUCUCCCCUGCUCAGUUUCCUUACAGCCUGGACCCAAUGAUUCCGGCAAGGCUUGCGGAGUGGACUUUGAGGUCAAAGCGUACCUUGCCAAUGAAGCAAAUAGCGCUACCGAAACCAUUGAGAAAAAGGACACUUGCCGCCUGAUGAUUCGAAAAAUCCAGUUCGCGCCAACAAAAAACAGUGCCGGACCCAAGGCUGAAAUCACCAAGCAGUUCAUGAUGUCAGACAAACCCGUUCACAUGGAAGCCGCUCUCGACAAAGAGGUCUAUUGCCAUGGUGACCCCAUCACCGUCAGUGUAAAAAUCAACAAUGAAACCACUAAAAUUGUGAAGAAAAUACAAAUCAUAGUCGAGCAGCUGACAAACGUGGUCCUGUAUUCUUCUGACACUUAUACCAAGACUGUCCUCACGGAGGAGUUUGGGGAAACAAUUAAUGCCAACUCCACGUUUGAGAAGACCUUCCAAGUGACCCCACUGCUUGCCAAUAACAAAGAGAAGAGAGGACUUUCCGUGGAUGGUCGGCUAAAAGACGAAGACACGCACCUGGCAUCCACUACUUUGAGUCAAGAUAAUAAGGAGAUGCAAGGAAUUAUAGUGUCCUACAAAGUCAAAGUCAACCUAAUGGUGUCUGGAGGAGGCCUGCUAGGUGGCCUGACAUCGAGUGAUGUCACAGUGGAGCUCCCUUUGACACUGAUGUCCCCGAAGCCAGCCGAACGGACAUCACCAUCGAAACCAUGGACGACUAAGACGUCACGUCGCCCUUAUUACAGUCAGCAGAACAAGGGAACUUAA